AUGCAAGAGAAACAGGAGCGACGAAGUACAAUCCGAAGGACGAGAUUCGAUGAAGCUAGCUGUGUAAUGUAUAUGAAUGGAAAUCGUCCGGAGGCCACAGUGGUCAGGAGCAACUCGCUCACACAAAGUCAAUCCAUCAGCGAGUCGGCUGAAUCUGCGAUUCGAAAGCUCAAAAAAGAGAACCACUGCUUGAAAAAGACGUUAUCACGGAGGUGGUCCGGCCGCAGCAGAGCUUCCACAAGGUCCCAAGAACCAACCGAUGUGUCUAGUUUGAGUGAUGAAUUUGACGACAAUGACGACAGUCUGUAUCUUCUCCGAGAAACAUCCACUCUCCAUGGCCUACGUGAUGUCAUGCUAUCGUCAUCAGGUCGUCUCCGAAUUAUCUGGGUCCUGAUUGUUGUCUCGGCAUUGUUCAUGACUUUGCAAGGAUGCCAUCAGAUUAUAAACGAGUAUCAGGCGCGGAGAAUUGUGGUUUCUUACUUCAUACAAGAAGCCCCCGCAAUUUACGUCCCUGAUGUUGUAUUCUGCCCGUACAAUCGAUUCAACCGAACUUUCCUUGCACAAUAUAACGUGUCAUUUGAGCUCGCUCAAUUUUUGGAACUUUCAUUUCCAUCUAUAGAGCUACCCUUCAAAAAUUUACAAAUCAUAACCGAGGAGAUUCUGAAAAAAAUUGACCUGCUCGAUUUCCAGCUAGAAGCUUUAUUAGCUCGACUGGAUAUGCCAUUUGUAGAAUUUAUUAAAAAGGCUUCAUUGAGCUGUGAAGCGUUUUUCAAAGAACCUGGAAGAUGUGAUAAUGUUACGGAGAUGAUGACAUCUGCUGGAAAAUGUUUUAGGUUGCCGGGAUCAAAACAAGAAGCUAGCGGGUUCGGCAACGGAGAUAGGUAUAUUAUUGAUCUACCCGAAGAAUUGUAUCAUCCUGGAAUCAAUCAAAUGAUCAACAGUGGUGUCAUUAUUAAAUUGGCUGAGCGUGGGCAAGGGAUUGAUAACGAUUUGACUUUCCUCCCGGCUGGAGUCCAUGCUAUCAUGCCUCUGCUUGGAACUCAAUUCGAAUUCAUGAAUGAUCCACCGCGCUACGAAUGCGAAGAAGAUCCACACGGAAACUACAGCCGCGUCCAUUGUUAUGAAGGAUGUCUGACUUCUGAUGCACAAAAAAUUUGUAAAUGCUCACCCGCCGCCGCUCACGAUCCUGACCAUCCGAAUAAAAUUUGUACUGCCACACAACUCUAUCACUGCUUCUUCCCGCAUCUUUUCACUGAUGAGGGAAAAGUUCCAAAGGAAAAAGUUGACAACUGCAAGAAAAACUGCAAGGCGCCGUGCCACUCAUGGAGCUAUAACAAACAAGUUAGCUAUUCCAAUAUUCCAUCUGAAGCGAGUAGAGAACUGAUCCCUGAGGAGGAGUAUAAUAAGAUGAAGCGGCGGAUUAUUCUAGAUAUUUAUUAUUCACAAUUGGACUACACCAUUAUUCGACAUGUUGUUGCCAUGCCACUAUCCAGUCUUAUCGCUCAAAUUGGAGGUCAAUUUUCCCUUUGGGCCGGAGGUUCCCUGAUUUCUCUCUGUCAAAUUGUCAUCUACAUUUCACGAUUUUUAGCACACAAGACCUGCCCAAUGAAACCAAAGAAGAGGCGGACCAGAGAAACAAGAGACGAUCAGGAGUCUCGUCAUUGUCGUGAUGUUAGAAGGCGUCGACGAAGAGAGAGCCCAUCCAGUGCCAGAUCCGUUUCUAAACCACCGAGCAGUAAUGGAAACGGAAAAAUUGUCGAUAUGGAAGUGGUUACCACUCGCACGUCGGAAACUGUGCCGCCCCUUUGA